AUGCAUGACAUGAAACUAAGAAACCAAACUCGGCUUUCAGAAUUCUCCCUCCUGGGACUUUCAGAAAACCCAACUCUACAUCCUCUCGUCUUUGGGCUCUUCUUCUCCAUGUACCUGGUCACUGUAAGUGGGAACCUGCUCAUUAUCCUGGGCAUACUCUCAGACUCCCACCUCCACACACCCAUGUACUUCUUCCUCGCCAACCUGUCCUUGGUGGACGUCUGCUUCACUUCCACCACCAUCCCCAAGAUGCUGGUAAACAUCCAGACAGAGAGCAAAGUCAUCAGCUAUGCAGGCUGCAUCACACAGAUGUUCUUCUUCAUAAUCUUUGCAGGAUUGGAUGAUUUUCUUUUGGUUGUGAUGGCCUAUGACCGGUUUGUGGCCAUCUGUCACCCCUUGCGCUACACAGUCAUUAUGACCCCCUGGCUCUGUGUGCAGCUUGUUCUGUUGUGCUGGGUCAUUGGUGUCCUCCACGCCUUGUUAAACAGCUUACUGGUGCUGAGGUUGAGCUUCUGCACACACCUAGAAAUCCCUCACUUCUUCUGUGAGUUGAAUCAAGUGAUCCACAGAGCCUGUUCUGACACCUUUCUCAAUGACCUCAUAAUGAAUUUUACAGCUCUAUUGCUGGGAGGAGGUCCCCUGUCUGGGAUCCUCUACUCUUAUUUCAAGAUCAUCUCCUUCAUCCGUGCCAUCUCAUCAGCUCACGGCAAGUAUAAAGCCUUUUCCACCUGUGCUUCUCAUUUCUUGACCAUUUCUCUAUUUUAUGGAACAAGCUUAGGUGUGUACCUCAGUGCCAGUGCUGCCCCAAGAUCAGCCUCAACUGCAGCAGCCUCGGUGAUGUACACCGUGGUCACUCCCAUGCUGAACCCCUUCAUCUACAGCCUAAGAAAUACAGACAUGAAGAAGGCUAUGAAAAGACUUUUUAUCCAUAAAUGA